AUGGCCUGCUUGCUAGACUCCUUGUUGUCAAAAGGCGGCACUCUCUCGCUCUCCCUCUCACAAACAAAACAACUCCAAGCUUACAUCAUAACUACAGGCCAAUUCCAACUUCCCAUCUCCCCUCCUCGCUCCAAACUCCUCGAACUCUAUGCUCUCUCUCUCGGAAACCUCUCCUUGGCCAUUUUCACCUUCUCUCAAGUCUGCACUCCUUCCACCAACGAUUGGAACGCAAUCAUCCGUGGCUUCAUUCAAAGCCCAAACCCAGUCAAUUCCUUCGCAUGGUACAAAACUAUGAUCUCUAAAACCCGCAGAGUAGACGCAUUAACUUGCUCUUUUGUUUUAAAAGCCUGUGCUCGUGUUUUAGCUCGUUUAGAGUCGAUUCAAAUUCAUACCCAUAUUGUGCGUAAAGGGCUUUUAGCUGAUGCUUUGUUGGGUACGACUUUGGUUGAUGUUUAUGCGAAAGUGGGUGAUAUUGAUAGUGCAGAGAAGGUGUUUGAUGAAAUGGUUAAGAGAGAUGUUGCGUCAUGGAAUGCAUUGAUUUAUGGGUUUGCUCAAGGGAGUAAGCCUACCGAGGCUUUGAAUUUGUUCAAGAGAAUGGAGAUUGAUGGGUUUAAGCCUAACGGAGUCUCGGUUGUUGGCGCACUCUCUGCAUGUGCACAAUUGGGUGCUUUGAAAGAAGGUGAAAAGAUUCAUGGGUAUAUUAAAGAUGAACGGUUAGAUAUGAGUGCACAGGUUUGUAAUGUGGUUAUGGACAUGUAUGCUAAAUGUGGUUUUGUUGACAAGGCUUUUUUGGUUUUUGAGAGAAUGAGUUGUAAGAAGGAUAUUAUUACUUGGAAUACAAUGAUCAUGGCAUUUGCAAUGCAUGGUGAUGGGCAUAAAGCUAUUGAGCUAUUUGAGAAAAUGGGCCAAUCUGGAGUGAGGCCAGAUGAUGUGACGUAUCUUGCUGUGCUAAGUGCAUGUAACCAUGGGGGAUUAGUAGAAGAAGGAUUUAGGUUGUUUAAUUCAAUGAAGAGAUGUGGAGUGAAACCAAAUGUUAAGCAUUAUGGGAGUGUAGUUGAUUUGUUAGGCCGAGCCGGGCGGCUUCAUGAGGCUUGUGAUAUUGUCAAUUCUAUGCCGAUGGCGCCUGAUGCAGUGCUUUGGCAAACUUUGCUUGGUGCUUCCAAGACUCACAGGAAUGUGGAAAUAGCUGAAACUGUUUCGCGAAAGCUUGUGGAGAUGGGAUCUAAUCACUGUGGGGAUUUUGUUUUGUUAUCUAAUGUUUAUGCAGCACGUGAGAGGUGGGCUGAUGUGGGGAGGGUAAGGGAGGCAAUGAAGAACAGGGAUGUGAAGAAGGUGCCUGGGAUUAGCUACAUUGAAGGAAAUGGCGUAAUACACAAGUUCUACAAUGCUGAUAAAAGUCACGAAAGUUGGAGGGAGAUUUAUGCGAAGUUGGAUGAGAUUAGGUUCAAGAUCAAGGAAUAUGGGUAUGUGGCUGAAACAAGCUUUGUGCUGCAUGAUAUAGUGGAGGAGGACAAGGAAAAUGUUUUGUGUCAUCAUAGUGAGAAGUUGGCUGUGACUUUUGGUUUGAUUAGUACAAGUGAGGGAACACCAAUACGAGUGAUUAAGAACCUUAGGAUAUGUGGGGAUUGUCAUUUUGUGAUUAAGCUUAUAUCGAAGAUAUAUGAUCGAGAAAUCAUUGUGAGGGAUAGAGUGCGGUUUCACCGAUUUAAAGAAGGUUUUUGUUCUUGCAGAGAUUAUUGGUAG